UUAUAUAUAACAAACCCCCUCCUCGUUCCCCUGCUGUUUCUCCGGCGAUUCUCCGAUCGGGGAUCGGAUCUCCACCGUCGAUCCCUCCGAUCCAACGGCUCACACGCUCUCUCUGAUCACUAUAUAAGCUGGAUCCCCUCCAAGAGACUCCGCUGAAACCCUCGCCGCCGAACAACGGCCAGAUCCGCUACCGCUCGCCGUCCGCCGCCGAGCUCUCCGCCGCGUUCCCGGCUGCUCCGGCCGACGCCGACGCCAGGAUGAAGCGCCCAGGCGGCCGCCAGGAACCGCUUGCCGACAAGAUCCACCGCUACCGCGGCGUCAUCUUCGUCGUCUCUGCUCCGAUCCUUCUCAUCACCUUCGCUCUCUUCCUCAUGCCACGGUCUCCUUCGACCAGGGACUUUUCUCGGGAUGCUAACGUGGUCACUGGGAGGAAGACGGUGCCUGGAGGUGGCGCGGUCGAUGGGAGAUCUAAGAGCUAUGCUGUUAUUUUCGAUGCGGGGAGUUCGGGGAGUAGGGUUCAUGUCUAUUGCUUUGAUGAGAACUUGGAUCUGUUGCCCAUUGGCAAUGAAAUCGAGCUAUUUGAGCAGAAAAAACCUGGCUUGAGUUUCUAUGCUAAGGAUCCUCAGGAGUCUGCAAAUUCACUUUUCUCUCUUUUGGAGAAAGCUGAAAAUGUGAUUCCUAAGGAAUUGCGAGGGAGUACACCUGUCAGAGUUGGGGCAACUGCUGGUCUAAGAGCUCUAGGAGCUGAGACAUCUGAGCAGAUUUUGCAAGCAGUUAAGGAUCUUCUUCAAGAUAAGAGUUCACUCAAGUUCAAGCCUGAUUGGGUAACUGUUCUUGAUGGGACCCAGGAAGGUGCUUUUCAGUGGGUUACUAUAAAUUAUCUGAUAGGUAAUUUGGGGAAGGCAUAUUCAGAAACAGCUGGAGUGGUUGAUUUGGGAGGUGGAUCUGUACAAAUGGCAUAUGCUAUAUCAGAAAGUGAUGCGGCUGACGCUCCAAGAAUAUCAAAUGGAGAAGAUACAUAUGUGAAGCCUCUGUUUCUUAAAGGGACCAAAUACUUUCUCUAUGUUCACAGUUACUUGCACUAUGGUUUAUUGGCUGCUCGAGCAGAGAUUCUAAAGUCUGGUGAUGACCCCUAUAGCCAUUGCAUCUUAGGCGGCCAUCAUGGGUCAUUCAAGUAUGGUGAUGAGACAUUCCCAGCUUCAGCUUCGCCAUCCGGUCCAAGCUAUGACAAAUGCAGAAGUAAUGCUGUCAGUGCUCUCAAAAUUGACGAACCAACAUGCACACACAUGAAGUGUACAUUUGGUGGUGUAUGGAAUGGCGGUGGUGGGGCUGGCCAGGCAAAGCUAUUUGUAGCAUCCUUUUUCUUUGAUAGGGCUGUGGAGGCUGGUUUUGCAGAUUCUGCAGCACCUUCCGUCACGGUGAAACCUGCAAAUUUUGAGGAAGCCGCAAAGCGCAUCUGCAAAAUGAAUGUCAAUGAAGCCAAGUCCACCUACCCUGAUGUAGCAGAGGACACCCUUCCAUAUUUAUGCAUGGAUUUUGUCUAUCAGUUCACAUUGCUUGUAGACGGCUUUGGUCUUGAUCCAUCUCAGGACAUCACACUGGUGAAGAAAGUGAAGUACAGCAAUGCCUUUGUCGAGGCAGCAUGGCCACUCGGUAGCGCCAUUGAAGUUGCAUCAUCGGCAUAAACCAACCUUGCCAUAAUCCUGCAUUUGAUACCAACCUUCUUCAAUGUGGCAGCAUUGCCAUACAAAUUUAGUGGCCAAAUAAUACUUCAUCAAGUUCGCGGUUUUAGCAAACAGGGAGAUCAAAGCUCAGAACUCUUGGAACAACACUGGAGAUUCACUGACUUGGAAUUUAUUCAUUUUGCCAUUUGUAAUUACAGUAGAGAAUCAUGUCUUCAAUUCAAUUUGUCAUGUUUCUUUUUUCUUUUUUUUUUGGUCUAUGAGAAACAGAGGUAGGGAUUCUGUUGUCACUUUCUUAUUUUUUGAACUUACUACUUCAUAAAUAUAUUUAAA